AGCAUAGCCAAACGCAACAUAGCUAAGACAAACCCAAUCUCAACCGCCGAACGGUGCGGACGUGAUUUUCGUAGCUCUCCCGGUCGUCGUGGUUUUGCCGUUUGCUCGUCUCGCCUUUGCCGCCACACAACACAGCACUGCGCCGCACUGUGCCACGGGCGAUCGUGACGAUCGGUGCUCUGUCGGUGCUUAAGAAAUCAGGGUUAGUGAUAAAUCCGGCGUUUGCGGUGAAAUCUUUGCAGCAGCAACUAGAGACGACUGCAUUCAAAAGACGCACUCUGCACCGGCAGCAUCGUUGCAUAACAUAUAAUUCAUCUCGGAUUGGACACCUGCGGAACCAAUUACCCGGGCAGAUAGGUACAUAAAAAAAAAACUCGUAAAAAGUGCAUUCAACGGGAGCUUUGAGCAAGCCAAGUUGACCACGGUUUAAUGUCCGGACACCACAACAUCAUCAUCAUCGCUGCUGCUAGUGAAUGAACAGUGGAUCGACAACACAGCAACGCAUUAUCAAAUCAGGUCAAUUUGUAUCAGAAAGCAAUAACUUUUCAGCCAUUUGUUGCACCUCUUCAAUAGACCGUCGGAGAGCUCAGUUCCGCGAUAGAUCGUGUCAGUGUGAAAGUGUAGUUAUGGUGCUCGGUGCUUUUGAGUUACUUCCCCUGAUGUCCCGAUGCACACUGAGUGCUAUUGUUAGUGUGCUGUGAAGGUGCAAAAGUGCAGAAGAGUGUACAAAAUCACCCUCGGUCAACGUGGUUCGAUUAACGAAAACGUGUGCUGACUCGGUGUGGCGCCAGACACGAAACGAAAAACCGCAAACAAACCGUGUUCGGAAUCCCUGGAAUCACUCCCCGUACCGUUGUAAACAAACCCAUCAGACGUGGUAAUUCGACACUUCUCUUGCGGAGGAUUAUUUUUUUGUACGAUCGCGCGCACGCGUCCCUCCAAGCGGCUUGAGUGUGUUUAAUUACUUGCUUACAUCGCGCACCUGAAACCAGGCGCCAGGAGAGUGUGUUUGUGUCUGUGUGUUUUUGUGUGUGUAAUGCGAUUUUAAACCAUCAAGAGCAGCUAACAGACUUCGCAGAACUAGUGUGUGGUAGGGUGAUCGUUUCGCGAUCGUAAAGUCAGCGCAAUUGACCAACGAUGUGGUUGGCACCGGUUUGCUGUGUGACGGUGGGGCUGCUACUGCUUGGAAGUCUGCAGACGGCUGGGGCCAUUCCACCGAAAUUGGAACCCACGAUAUCGGAAUGUGCAGCUAAAGGAGGCGAGUGUGACGAAAGCAAGGGACGUCCGGUGUGUGGAAGCGACAACAAGACCUAUCCGACCCGUUGCCAUCUCAUCCGGGCGCAGUGCAGCGGACAUCAGGUUGCCUUCAAGCAUCGAGGAUCAUGCAAAGAUGUGUGUAUUGCUUCGCGUACGUACGCCUUGCAGCAGCGUGCCUCCUCGCCGUACACGGUGAAGUACGUACCGCGCUGCCGGGAGGAUGGAACGUACGCACCGGUCCAGUGCAUCGACGGUGGCGGUUGCUGGUGCGUUAAUGGGCAGGGCAAGCAGCUCCCGAACACGAUGGUCCAGCACGGCAAGCCAAUCUGCGUGAAGAAGGGCAAAUCGAACCAGCGCCGAUCGUCGCCUCGCAACCCGAUCCGAAACAAGCGCAGUUGCAGUGGACUAGAUCGGGCCGUGUUCAACACCAACCUGCUGAAACUGUUCCAAAACGAGCACGUCCGGGUACAUCAGCACAACCUAACGGGGCCAAUCAACGAAAAAACCGUCCUGGACUGGAAGUUUAGCGUGAUGGAUCUGAACGGUAACAAUCUGCUGGACAAGACGGAGUACCGUACGAUGAAGCGUCUUAUCAAGAAGGUUGUCAAACCAAAGCGCUGUGGCAGAUCGUUCGGUAAGAACUGUGACGCCGACCAGGACGAACGACUGUCGCGUAACGAAUGGUACAACUGUUUGGCAAAAGACGACGUCACACCUCACAACCCGUCGUCACAAUCAUCAUCAUCAACAUCAUCAAUCUCUAGUUCCUCUUCCGGUGGCUCUGGACACUACACUGUUCCCCAUAUGCAUCAACAUCAUCAUCAUCAUCACUAUCCUAGCACACGCGGUGGUAUGGGUGGUGGGUCUAUCGGAGGCGGAGGCGGCGGCGGCGGUGGCAGUAGCAGCGUCAACGUCAACGGCGGCACCGGCGGUGGUGGUCACUUUCUCCGUGCCGACGACGACGAUGACGACGACUCACAGAAUAUCUCUAAUGAUUUCACUGACGAUGACGAUGACGAUCAUUCAGAGAAUGAGUACGAUUCGGACGAACUGCCCGACAGUGAUAAUGCACUACUGAACGGAUUGCCGUUGCCCGUUAACGGAUUGCAGCCAUACCUGUUGCUCCAGGGCAAAACGAUGGUAGAUCCCAAGGGUGAGGAUGACGCCAUCUUUAAGGAUAGUGAGGCCGAUUCGGACUGCUUGAGCGAUCGCAAGUACGCUUUGGAUGAACAGAAGUACGGUACCAACGCGUUGUAUGUGCCAGAGUGUACACCGGACGGUCGGUACCAACGUGUGCAGUGCUAUCGCUCGACUGGCUACUGUUGGUGCGUGAACGAAGACACCGGCAAGAACAUCCCCGGCACGUCUACAAAGGACGAAAAGCCCGUCUGCGACCAGUACGCAUCGUCGACGCGACCGAUGAAAGGAUGCCCGGAGGAGAAGAAGGUGGAAUUCUUGAAGGACUUGAAGGCAUUCCUGAGCAAACAGGUGACAACAUCGUUCGCAGGAAAAAUCAUUCCCGUGUGGAAUACGGAGGAGGAAAAGAUUGCCAUCUUGAGCUUUGUGCUGCUGGACAAGAACCAAAACAAGCAGCUCGAACGGAAGGAGUGGAAAGCGUUCCGUGAGUUAGUCACCGCCACUAGACAACUGCGCAAGUGUGGCAAGAAAAUGCCUCGCUACUGUGACGUGAACAGUGACCGGAAGAUUACCCUGUCCGAAUGGAUGAGCUGUUUGGAUGGCAAGCGAAACAGCUCCGUGGAUGUGGCCGCCAUGAGCGCUCCGUUGGUGCAGGCCGAGGUAAAGUCUCCCACUAGCAGCAGCAGUAGUAGCAGCAGCAGUAGCGGUAGCUCCUCGUCGACCAGCUCAAAGUUUAAGGGCAGGAAUCCGUUGGAGUUUGUGCUGAAGAGUGACUAGAAAGGACACGAGACGAGUGAGCGCGGCAUCUAGUAAAGCGAGACUUAAAUCCUAAAAUAUCGCAUCGAUCUUCCCGGGCCUGAAGGAUGCCUCCCGCCCGUCGACACAGGGAAGGGUUCGUAUUUUGCUUAUUAUGUUGGUUCGAUUUUCACUCCACUCAGUAUUCGCGUGUAGUGGUGGUGAUCCACAGAUACCAAUGUCCUAUACUACUACUACUACCCCUCUACCCCCCAAACCCGCUGUAUCCAGUGAUAGAAGAAGAAGCGAGCUUUCCUUGUAAUCGUUGACCAUAUGGCGCUACACAUCCGUUGAUCGGCAGUGAUCUUCCGCGGUGUUUGGUUUGAAUUGUUUCGCAGUUUGAGGCGAAGAUCAGUAUUAGCAAUCGAAAAAAAAAUAGGCAGCAAAGGCAGGCUCCAAGAUGGAGGUCGAAAUGGGACGCAUCGGAAGUAAUGUGUAACUCAAACCAGAGAUCCCAUCCAUCUGGUAGCGCGUGGAGCGGUUUUUGGUAGUGCCGGCGAGAAAUUGCUAAAAGUGCGUGUGAUAUAUGUUAUUCAUUUCUAUUGCGUUUAUAUUUAAGUACAAGCCUAACAAACCCAGACCAGCAAACAGGUGGAAAAAAUGGAUUUUACCUCAAACGACAGGUAUAGAGGAGCGAAACGCGGAAAUAAGGAGAGAGGACAAAUGAAGGAUUAAUACGCAGGUUAAACAUAUUACUGUUAGGAUUACGUUUAAGUAGAGUGUAGGAAGAACAAGGCAAGGCAGUAGAAACAGAGAGAAACCAUAUUUAACGUACCGGACGAGGGACGCUUCCCAUUUCAAUGUCACAGAUCUGUCGCUAAAGCACUAUUUAUCUAUUGCCUGCGUUAGUGCGCGUACAUCAUAUCACAAUACCAGUACGGCCAGCUUAUUGGAGGAGACUUAUCUCUCUCUCUCUAUCUCCUGUAGGACGAUGUAAGCAAUAAGCAUGAGAUUGUUUAUUUUUCUUCUUCUCUUUUGUAUGGAAAAUAAUAAGUAUGGCUUCUGCCGGUCAGUUAAA